AAAACCUAGCGACUAUUUUUUUUCGGAUGGUGUAUGGGAUAUGUCAUCACAGAUAAACAAGCUUCUGUAUAAAUUCUUUUGCGGAUAAAUUAGCCUUAAAAUCGAUUGACUACUGACCGUUUGGCUACGAGAAGCUAUAUCCGUGAUACCGUGUGGAUGAAGAUACAAGAACACUGGAGCAGUUUGGAGCAUACUAUUCUUUGAGAGGACAGGCAGUUAAAAAUAAAAGAUAAGAAAAGGACACCCAAGAAUAAGAGGGAAAGAGCUUCAAGGAACAGUAUGAAUAUUCAGAACUAUAAAGAAGCUGUGAACUUGCCGGCCUUUCACUCAAAACAGAACAGCUUUUAUGAGCUAAUGAAAAGUCACCGCAACCCUGCGACCACUUAUCCAGCAGGAUUGAACCCUUUGUUCUGUUUUGGCUGUAAAGAGACAUUUUCUAACAGAGUUUCGCUGGAGGACCAUGCAUGCACAAAUGUAAGUUACAUUUGUACCUGUGGCAUGGUAUUUCAAAAGUAUCUUGAGAUGAAAGGUCACCAGCUGGAUCAUGGAGAUGGAGAACUAAGCCGCUUCCUGAAGAACUGGAAUCCGAUGAGACGACAGGAGCCAGAAAAAGUACUGACCUUUGAUUCGUUUUUCGAAACCAAGGUAGUUAUUCACCCAAAGCGCACCAAUCCAAUGACAGAAUAUGUUAAAUCGGUUACAGGAAGUCCCACCCUUAAAGCAGCCUCCCUUGAACCCAGUUUUGCCCGUGGAGCUACUGUAGAUCUUCGCAGACGCUUUCUGCCUGUGGUACGCCUGCACUCUGGUCAGGCAUUUGAGAAAGGAAAGAAGUUCAGGUGUAGAACCUGCCGUCUGUCCUUCCACAGAAUGAAUCAGCUGAUAGAGCACCACCAAUUUCACACCAAGGAAGGGGUGUAUGGAUGCCUCCGUUGCGGUCUGCUCCUGGUCAGCCAGGUGUCCCUUCCAACUCACCAUCAGUGUGGCACUUUCUUUGCAAGCCCCAAAACCAGAUAUACCCUAGGAAGGGUUCUGCCAAGGAAGCCGGCAGAUCAAGAGGGAAAGACAUUUUUCCGCUGCCCGUGGUGUCCCGUUGCUUACCAGCUGGAAAUACAGCUGCGAAAGCAUGAGACGUUAUGCAGGUUUGGGAAAAAUAGGGCGGUGAAUGGGCUGCGGGAAAAGAAUAUGCUUCGCUGCAGUGUGUGUCAGGGACACUUCAGCUCAGCAAAAAAAAUACAGGAGCACCGUUGCCCAAGUCAGCCUGAUCGGGUUCCCCAGCAGGUGAUUGGAAAUAAGGUCCACAAACACACAGAGGUGCCUAAGGCAUCAAGGGAGCAGGCAAAUCAGUAUUUGUUGCCCCAGAGGCAUCAAGAGGAAGAGGUAACAUUUAGGUUUCUCUCCUCUCGUAAUCUGAAAUCAUAUCCACACCAGCCACCAGACACUGGUGGCACUGGCAGCCAUAGGAUUACUGGGGAACCAUUGAAAAUGAAAGGAUUGGGAAUGGCACCCAUUUCCAAACCAGUUAUUGUAGAAAAAGGUGAAGUGGAGAUUGAUGAGGAUUGUUAUGUGGUUGAAAGUGCUUCAACAAAAGCCAGUCAACCUCGACCAUGACCAGAGCGUUGGACCCAAGCACACCGAAAGGCACAUGUGCAUGUCUCAUUGGUGGUCAGGCAUUCACCAACAAACACUAUAACUAUUUAAUAGGCAGGCCAGCUUUUGAAAGCUGGAAUGACAGAUCCAUGGUUUAGGGGGUUAGGGCUCAAGCAACAUUCAAAACUGAGAUGGUUUAUAUGCCUUUGGGCCAUGCAACAUGUGUUCACGUCUAAUAAGACCUGCGCUUCUUUCGACAAAUAUAUGUAGUAUGUGCUUCUAUAGAUGCACCCCCUAAUAUUGAACUAUAUAGGGCCUCGCACACUGAAAAACCUUUAAAAUGUGUCCUUGUAUGUCUUUUCCCACUUUAUAUUCUAUAAUGCUCUAAUGCAGGGGUUCCUAAACCUUUUAAUCUCAAGGCCUCCUGGAAUGACCACCAUGUGGCUGAGAAACACCGCCCGCCCUCUUCCAGGAAAUGGUUUUUGACAGCUUUAUCCAACUCCCACUGCAGACUGCCAUUCAGUGACUCUUAUAUACAAGUACAUGGAUGCAUAUGUGAGUCAUGAUGAUACUGUAUAAAGGAACUUAUGAGACCGCUAUUUAAUGCAAUAUAAACAUUGAAUAAUUUAACUCAGUGCACUAUUAGCAAGGAUGUGUGAACCAGGCAAGGCUUAUUUUAAUCUAAAAUGUACUAAAGUAUUAAAAUAUUCUACAAAGUAGAUUUCUCUGAGGAGUCCCUGGGUCAUCUUUGUAGACUUCAGUUUGGGAACCCCUGUUCUACAAUGCGAGUACAAAUAGUUUUUAAAUGUAUUUUGUUAUUGUGUAUACAUACCUGGUGUUCUCGGGUAUUGUGUUGCAGAAUGUUCAAGUUCAAGUAAUAAAUAUGCUGAAUGAAA